UGGUUGACCAGGCAAGGUUGAAGCUGAUUGGUCUGUUUUCGAUCCUAUUGCUGAAGUUGCUCCUAGGUAGUUCAUAUAUAUAGAGUGGCUUGGUUCAGUUAUGCUUUGUCCUGCCAAAUCACUGGGUAGUAAUAGUUCUAUACCCUAAUUUACAGCUAAGUAGGUUACUCUCUGGGCUGCUAUCUGCUGAUUUUGACAAGACUCAGCUUUCUAAUUGAAGGUAAACAUUGUUAUGACCAUAGGAUAGAGAUUGGUGACAAAGGAUCCGGAUAUGGCUGCUUCUAAUGCAUCACUUCAUGCUGCAAAACGAGUGUGCCCUGAUCCCAUUGGUGAAUUCCAUGCUAUGAUUUGUGACUGUGGAGAUGUGUCUGUCCAGCAUUGCCACUGCCCUUGUGAUUCUUGCAACUAUAAGCCAGUGUCCAGAAAGACAGCAUAUCGUCAUGCUUUAGAGUGUAAGAAUGGACAGCGACUGUUUGCAGUUUUGAGUAGGCCCCAGAGCCCUCAACAGCAAAUUGAUGAACAAGAACAGUUCUCUCAAGAAAACGAAGAAGGAGAUGGAAAUGGGCAAAAUGUUUCCUAUUGUAAAGCACUGAUAGACCUACUGCAACUGAAGGGGUUGCACAAUAUGUCUAUAAAGUGUAUUGAAGAUCUAUUGAAAUGGGCAAAUGAUAUCAGAGAAACACCUGAUAUGCCUGUUUUUUCAACUUCUUGGCAAUCAGUGCAGAAAGACCUAAAAGGUUUUGGGUACAGUCAACCACGACUCUAUUACAUUUGCCUUCACAGUGACCAUCCAUGUCAUUACGAUCUCUUGUCUUCUGACAGUGACUUCUGCAGAUAUUGCGGCAGGCCGGGCACUGUUAAAUACUAUUAUUUAAGUGUGAUUGACAAACUUCGAAAUUGGGUGUUGCAAAAGCAUAUGUGUGAGAAAAUGAUUGGCCAUUGGAAAGAAAAGGCUCACUGGCUCCAGCAAGAGCACUCGGAGAAUGACAGCAACUCUUGGGGUUAUUCUUGCAAAAAGGAAGUGUGGGAUGGUCAAAGAUUUGCUGAGCUCUCAUAUUUCUGGGAUCCAGAAAAGGAGUGGACAUUGCCUGCUAGAUGCACCACACUUGGUUGCAAUGGUCUGUUAUCAGCACAGUUGAUUCUUGGAUCUCACUUGAUUGAUGACUCAGGACUAAGAUCAGUGACCUGUCCACUGUGUUACUGUGAGAACAAGAUAGUUCCUAAGACCACUUUUGGAGAUCCAAGAAAUAUUGCCUACAUUGGUCACUGGGAUGGAUGGCAACCAUUCAAUAAGCCUUCUCAUGGCUGUGGAACAAUUUCAGUCAGUGUAGCAACAAUGUCAAAGAAGGAUAGAAAUCAUGCUGAUCAAGUUUUUGUACUUGGAUUUGUUCCAACUUACUUGCUUCCAAAGCAGAGAUCUAUCUUACUCGAUUCUUUCUUGGCUCCGUUUUGUGAGGAGAUUAUUGAUGGAUUUAUUGAAGGUAUUGAUGUCGACUAUGCUUUAUCGUUACCUGGUUAUGUAAAAGGACCUGCAAAGCUUCGCCAUCUUCUUCUCAUGUGGACUGGUGAUCACGUUGCACAAUGUGAAGUGUCAAAAGGGAUAUUUUGCGGGAAAAAACCUUGUCGGUUUUGUACUAUUGAAGGAGAGAUGGCAUUAGGGUCAACACAUUACUAUUAUGGCAAUUACAAUCAAUUUGCAAGAUGUCCAAAGCAGAGGAGAGAACUUACUCCAGCAUUUUUAGAUUCUCUGGCCUCUGUUGAUCAAGAGGAAAGACAGUCAGUGAGACACAGCAUAGCCAAAGAACUAGGUUUUAAAGGCACUACUAUUUUCCACCAGUUCUACCAUCUUUAUGGAUUCAAAUUGACAACAGACUUCGUAAUUGAUGCGCAGCAUGGUUUGCCACUAGGAGUUGUCAAGCAUGAUUUCCAACGGAUGUUUGAUGACUCAAGUGAGCUAGAUGGUGAAGAAGGCACUUCUCAAAGUCAUAAGUUCAAACUGCUUUCAGAGAGACUGGCCAAAUUUCCAUGGACUGCAGAAAUGAGGGCUUCACGCAUCCCCACAAAUGCUGCACAUAUUGGCUUUUGGAAAGCUGAAGAAUGGAAAAAGUUUGCAUACCCAGUAUCAGAACCACUCCUGUAUGAUCUGACUUCAAAGGAGCGCUUUGAGAUCUGGCAAUGUCUGUCAAGGAUCAUAGAGUAUGUGUAUGGGGAUGGGCGCAAUGGCUGGACUGAAGAGGAAGCGAAUGUUCUCUAUCAGUUAUGCUUGAGACACAACAUUUUGCUUGAAGCAGAAUAUGGACUCAAGGCCUGCAAAGUCAUUGUGCAUAACUUAGUGCACCUGCGGGAUUGUGUAAAACGAUUUGGGAGUUUAGACAAUUAUUGGUGCUACUGUUAUGAGCGGGCAGUGCAACGCUAUGCAAAAACACCCAACAAUGGCAAGAACAUUGAACUAACCUUGGCUUUGUGCGAACUUCAACGAGAGUUUGUCCAAUGUUACAAG